UAAGCAUUGAACUUUUCUCGAAUGGCAAGUAGUGUCAAUAGCUUCUCAAGUGCUUUCAGUGACGCUCAGUAUUUUGAGAGCGGCAUGAUUCGUUCUGAAGAAAUUCGGCGUCAGCUAGAUAGUUCAAGCAUAAGAGACAAGUUGGAAGCAAUGAAACGCAUAGUCGCCCUUAUCUCACUGGGAAAGGACGCUUCCUUGUUUUUUCCCGACGUAGUGAAAAACGUGGCAACUUCCUCAAUUGAUUUGAAGAAACUAGUUUAUAUCUAUCUGGAGCAUUAUGCAGACACAAAUCCAGACUUGGCGUUGCUUUCUGUUAACGCCUUUCAAAAGGACUUGACAGAUUCCAAUCAGAGCAUUCGAGCCCUCGCACUUCGAGUCUUGUCUUCCAUUAGAGUUCAAACUAUUCUUCAAGUUAUUCUUUGGGCCAUCAAGAAGUGUGUAAAGGAUUCCUCUUCCUAUGUACGAAGGGCUGCAGCCUUUGCUAUGAUAAAGGCAUAUGAAAUGGACUCAUCUGUCGCAGAUGAUCUGCAGAGUUCCUUUGAAAUACUCAUGAAUGACCGUUCAACGACAGUGAUUGGAGCGGCAGCACUGGUUUGGAGAGAAGUAUUUCCUCUGCAAUAUGAAUUGUUACAUCAGCACUUUAGGAAAUUGUGUAGACUUCUUGUAGACAUGGAUGAAUGGUCACAAGUGUCCUGUUUACAAAUACUCAUGCUUUAUGCAAGAGAGCAUUUUCCAAAACCUAAAAACUUCCAUGUUGAUGUCAACGAGAAUGAAAUCCACGUUGCUAGAGAAAAGUUGGACAAGCAACCGAUCGACAAAAUGUUCUCAAAAGACGAAAGCGAAGACCAAAUCGAUGAGGACCUGCUUCUUCUUCUGAAAGAGUCUGAGUAUCUAUUUUUAUCACGGAAUUCUGCCGUAGUUUUAUCUACAGUUUCAUUAUUUUUCCAUUUGGCCCCUUAUGAGAUGUUCUUAGAGAAAGCAAUUGAGCCUUUGGUCCGGUUAUUGAGCUUUUCUUGUGACAUUCAAUUUAUUGUGCUCCAGUAUAUUUUUGUUAUUGCAACCAUUGAACCAAAUAGUUUCUUGCCCUAUUUAUCUUGUUUUUUUCUUUCUGAAAGAGAUCCACAACAUAUUCGAGAAUGGAAGCUUCGUAUCAUAAAAGCUAUGGUUUUAAAAGGUUCGGUAGAAUCCUUGAGGCCAUGUAUAGCAAGUUUGAUGAUGGAGUUGCGAUAUUAUUUACAAAAAGAAGAAAGUACCAUUGCCCAUUCAGUUACCGACAUUGUCGGAAUUAUUGGAGAGCGAGACACAUCAUGGAGUUUCCUUUGUGUUGAAGUGUUAUCCAAAAUAGCCUCUCAUUCCACUUCCAAUGCUGUAGUUUCUAAAGCAAUGGGUGUAUUGCGUCAUCUAAUUCAAAAGCAACCCAAGGAACACUCUCGUAUAGUCAGUUAUCUAUGUUGCCACUUGAUGGAGAAGAAUGCGAUGGCUUCAACAGCAAAGGCCCAUAUUAUUUGGUUGGUUGGCGAAUAUCGAGAUCUAUUGCCUUACAAGAUACCCAUUGAAUUAUUUCGAAUUUUCUGUACGCAGUUCGUGAAUGAGUCAAACGAAGUAAAACUACAGACGAUGAACCUUGGGGCCAAGUUAUUGGCAACUUUUUCUGAAAAGGUUCGAAUGCAAAACAGACAAAUUGACGAAGAAAGUACUUUGGCUAUGAAUACAGCAUUUCAUGAUCUUUGCAAGCAACUGUUGACUUAUAUUGUCAAAAUUGCAAAAUAUGACUCGGAUUACGAUGUCAGAGACGAAGCCCGUUUAUUUGAAGUGCUAUUGCUCAACGAAGAAAACUCAACAUUGGAUAAAAUGACAAAAAGUAUAAUAUCGAUGAAAAAGCCGGCCUCUUCAAUGCUAAGACAUGAAGAUUCACUUUUUAUUGCGAACAAGGAAUGGAGAGAAAAGGGUCCAAUUUUGGGUUCCUUUUCACACAUGUUUGACGGUAAAGUUGUAAGCGAUAUCUUGUUGCCAAACUGGUCAAAUGUAUCAAAAUGUAAGGAACUUCGAGUAGAAGAGUUGAAUCAGAACAAGUCAACAGCAUCACAUCCAAAAUACACUUUGGAGAGCAACUCACCAAAUAUUGAAAGAUUUUAUGGUUCCGAAAGUUUAUCGAGUUCUGGGGAAUACUCAUCGGAAAAACAAGUUAUCAGUUCGGAGAACGAAAGUGAGACUUUAUCAAGUGCUGAAGAGUCCGUAAGUGACUCGAGUUAUAACACUGAUGAGGAGCAAAACGUUUCCGAAGAAAGGACUAAUCCUAUGAUGAAAUCGGAGCCAAAUAGGUCAUUUAUUUACACUUUGUCAGGCAAUGAUCAGAGUCUUCUUGAAUCAACGAAAGAACAGUCCCUAAUAUCUGAAGAGCUUGCGAACAAGAAAAAUGGAGAGUUGAAGGGGACGCAAGUUGAUUUGGUUUCUGAGUUGAGCACAAUGUGGCCAGCAUCCAAAGAAACUUUACUUACAAAGACCAAGAAAAACUGGAAGAGGCUAGUAAAUGGUUGGAAUUGUGGAGGUAUUGAAAUAGACUACUAUGUUUCAAGACAUGCAUCGGUUUACGGAUUGGAUGUUGGCAUCGUUUGCUUGCUUAUGAAGAACACAAAUUUAUUUGUAGUCUCGAACAUUCAGUUAUUGCCAUAUCAGAAAGAUGAAGAAGGAACGGGAUAUCAAAUACCGGAAUUGUUAACCUCAGAGGAAGCCUUUGCUUUGAAGGAGAAUGAAUUGAAGGAACUUGCUCUUCAUGUCAAGUUCAAGGGGCGUCCAGAUCAGUUGCCUCUGGAACUGGAAUGUAGUAUCGGGAAAUUCCCUCUCAGUUUCCGGUUUACCGUGGGAGAAAUUCUAAGACCUGAAGUUUUCAAUAUUUCAGAGUUUGAGAAAAAGAGAUCUCUUAUGAGUGGAAUGUUGCAAAUGGAAUCACGUAUUUGUAUCCAAGAAUCAAAGACAUUUUCCAUGGAUGAUGAUAAAGUUUUGGAGGAAUUUCUUCAUUCGACUAUCAUCUCCACAACAAACGUUGCUCGAGUAACGUCUGGAAGGCAAGAAAGUCAACCUGGAGAGAGUAAUUUAUAUUAUAGUGCCCGUAUACGCGGAAAUGAGAAGCUGGUACUGAUGAGUUUAUCAUGGAAAGCUUCAGACUGGAAGGCAGGUAUCUUUUUGUUGCUUAACAGUGAGGAUAUUGUCGUAGGCUCCAAUUUGUUACAAUAUGUGAAGCGCCAAAUAGAUAAUGCUGCAAAAGAGGCUCAGUUGGAUUGACAAUCAUGAAAGUAUUUUGCAGGCGUUGAAUCGUUUGGAAGUCAUGUU